AUGGUCAUCAACCGCCCCGGUAUUGCGUCCAUGUCCCUGGGCCGACCAUGGAUUCACGACCUCCCCGGAAAGCUGAUGCAAGCCGCCGCACACGGGUUCGAGGGUAUCGAGCUCUUCUUUGACGAUCUGGACUGCUACGCCCAAAGAACAUUCAACGGCGACCACCUCGAAGCUUCCCACCAGGUCCGCCGUCUCUGUGAGCGCCUCGGCAUGUCCAUUAUCUGCUUGCAGCCAUUCUCCAUGUACGAAGGUCUGAUUGACCGCGCCGAGUCCGACAGACUCGUUAACGAGAAGCUUCCCCAGUGGUUCAUCCUAGCGCGGGCGCUGGGCACAGAUAUGAUCCAGGUCCCAUCUAACUUCCUCGGACCAGACCCCGAGACCAAGGCUCCCCGCACAACGGGUGACCGCUCCGUGAUCGUGAAGGACCUGCAACGCAUCGCUGAUAUCGGUGCCGGCGAGGGAUUCCGAUUCGUCUACGAGGCUCUGUGCUGGGGUGAUCACGUUGAUACCUGGGAGGCUUCUUGGGAGGUUGUCCGUGAUGUUGACCGUGCCAACUUCGGUUUGUGUCUGGAUUCUUUCAAUAUCGCCGGUCGUGUCUAUGCCGAUCCUGCUGCGCCUUCUGGAAAGACACCCAAUGCUGCGGCGGAUCUUGCUGCUUCUCUCGAACGUCUUCGUACCGCCAAUAUCGAUCCCGCCAAGAUCUUCUACGUCCAGCUUGUUGAUGGUGAGCGUCUCGAUGCUCCCCUAGAUGAAAACCACCCCUUCCACGUCGAGGGCCAGCCCAUCCGCAUGUCCUGGUCUCGCAACUCUCGCCUUUUCCCCUUCGAGGAGUCGCGUGGUGGUUACCUGCCGAUUUUGGAUGUUGCUAAGGUCUUCUUCAAUGACCUUGGUUUCCGUGGCUGGGUGUCUCUUGAGCUGUUUAGCCGUACCCUUGCCAACCCUGAUCCGUUUACUCCCGCUGACCAUGCGCGUCGCGGUAUCGACUCUUAUUACAAGAUGGGCCGUGUCCUGAACUGGGAGGGUCAAGAGGAGAAGGCCCCUACAUCCAUUGCGCCCCCUCCUGUGCAGCACCGCCUGUGA